GUCCACGCAAAUCACAAACCCUAUUUUCCCCAAUUCCUCCGAAAACCAAACCCUAACCUCGAAUCCAUGGCCGCUCAGAACCCUAAGGUCUUCUUCGACAUGACGAUCGGAGGCCAGCCGGCCGGCCGCAUCGUGAUGGAGCUCUACGCUGACACCACCCCGCGCACCGCCGAGAACUUCCGCGCUCUCUGCACCGGCGAGAAGGGCGUCGGCCGUUCCGGCAAGCCGCUCCACUUCAAGGGGUCGUCGUUCCACCGUGUGAUCCCCGGGUUCAUGUGCCAGGGAGGUGACUUCACCGCCGGAAACGGCACCGGAGGAGAGUCGAUCUACGGCGCCAAGUUCGCCGACGAGAACUUCGUGAAGAAGCACACCGGCGCCGGAAUCCUGUCCAUGGCGAAUGCCGGCCCCGGGACGAACGGAUCUCAGUUCUUCAUCUGCACCGCCAAGACUGAGUGGCUCGACGGCAAGCACGUCGUGUUCGGCCAGGUCGUCGAGGGCCUCGACGUCGUUAAGAACGUCGAGAAGGUCGGCUCCAGCUCUGGAAGGACCGCCAAGCCUGUUGUCGUCGCCGACUGCGGCCAGCUCUGCUAGACGACGUGUCGUUUCUGAUCGGCGAUCUCGUCGUCCUGUUUUUUUUUUCUUUUUUUUUUUUCAGUCUCUCUUGUGUUUAAAUUUCGAGCUUUUAAAUUUGGGUGUCGUCAGUAGAUGGUUCAUGGUCGUAACUCUGUCUAGGGUUUGAGUAUUGGGGCCAUUUCUGGCCAUGGAUGUCGUGUGGCUCUGAUCUGAGACUUUUUUAUAUAUCGUGUUGACUGAGCUAUGCUAUGUUUAAAUAAAAAAUAGGAUUUAUUCUGAAA